UUAUUUGUCAUCUUUUCUGUGCGCCAAAAGCUUUGACUAAUCCACUCAAACUCCAUUUUUUCUUCAUAUUCCACCUUUUAUCAAUUCACCAAAAAAUGGUAACAACUCAACACGGCCCUCAAUGUAUUUGUGAAAUUUGUACUUGCGGACGGCAUCAAUGCCCAUUAAAUCGUUCAUCUGCCACUGGUUUUUCCCCUUUUGGUGAAAAGAGCAAUAAUGGGAAUAGAAACAGCAGCCAUUUUUACCGAAAAGAAUUUGCUACAACUGCCAAUGUUAGUGAAAGGGCAAAGCCGGCACGUCCUAAUCCGGAGCUGACACUUGACAGGACAAUUGUGAAUAAAUUUUAA